UGUCGCAUUUGUUUUAUUGUCCGACUUUUUGUCAUAAUAAAUUCGACUUUGACAAACAAGUUGCCGUUUAUUUAAUUUUAUUUUUUUCCGCAUAAAAAAAAAAUCCCAUGGAAAUUGAAGGUGCCCUUGAGGAACUAAAUAAAAUUGAUGGGGAAGUUGAUCAUACUAGAGACGUUAAUUUAUUAAUUAGUGCGAUAAGUGACGGAAAAAUGAUUAUAGAGGAAAAUAAAACCAAAGCGCUCGAUAAAUUGGACAUUGAGUUAAAUAGUGACUGCAAUUUUUCGCAUGAUGAUUUUGAGCGGCCCCUAGACGAGGGCGACGUCAGUGAAAUUAAGAAAAAAUUUUACUAUGAAAAUUUGAAAAUUGAAACUGAUGACGAGGGUGAGGAUUUUUUGGAGGUUGAGAAAAAAAAUUUAACCCAAGUCAUUAUUGAGGACAAAGUUUAUGAAUUUAAUGAGAAACAUGGAAAGAGGAUGACAGAAGAUCUGAUACGGAAUCACUGCAAGAAGGAAAAUUUAUAUCAGACUCCGUAUCUUAAUGAUGUGCUGUACCUCCACUACAAUGGAUUUUCAUAUAUUGAGAAUCUGGGAAAGUACACGGGGCUGAAGUGCCUGUGGCUGGAGAACAAUGGAAUCAAAGAGAUCGCUAAUUUGAGCAAUCAGAGGGAAUUGAGAUGUUUGUAUUUGCACAAUAAUUUGAUAUCGAAAAUUGAGAAUCUUGAAGCUCUUACUAAGUUGGAUACUCUAAAUUUGUCGCACAAUACUAUUCGCACAAUCGAAAAUCUUGAUGGCUUAAAAGUUUUGAAUACUUUGAAUCUAUCGCACAAUUAUCUGACAAGUGUCCAAGAUAUCGAGCACUUGAAAUAUUUGGACUCACUCUCAGUUCUUGAUGUCUCGCACAAUCGAAUCGAAUCACCAGAAGUAAUGGAGAUUUUUGGCGCCAUGAAGUCUCUACGGGUGUUGACGUUAAUGGGAAAUCCAGUUUUGAGGUCCAUUAAAACCUACCGUAAAGUAAUGAUUUUGAAAUGUAAGAAUCUGAGUUAUCUUGAUGACCGUCCGGUUUUUCCCAUAGAUCGAGCUUGUGCCCUAGCAUGGGAACGAGGGGGCGCUGAAGAAGAAAUGAGGGAACGGGACCGAUGGAAUAAAGCAGAACAGAAAAAAAUAAAUGAUAGUAUUAUGUGGUUAAUUAAUGUGCCACAGCUUGAAGGGAAAAUUGAAAUAAAUUUACCGCCACUUGAUGAUACUGAUGAUGAAAAAUCAUCUGAUGGUGAAGAUGAUGAAGAAAAUUUUUUCGAAUGUAAAGAAAAUCACUUGGGAAAUGAGGAAAAUAUCAUGGGAAUAAAGAAAAUACUUAAAGAAAAUUAUUUAUAGAAGAAAAUUAUUUGGAAAAUAAAAAUUUUGUGGAUUAAAUUUUCCGUAUUGGAGAGAAAAUGGAAAUAAAUUUUUUACGAGCACCAAAACUUCCUCUCCACCAUAUUUAUCUUUUCUCUUAGUUUAAGUUUUGAUGCAAGCCAACAGCAGCGGGAGUAGUUCGGUACUCGCCGCUAGAUCGCGCCCACAGUUUGUAGUGUCCCUGGUAAGACACUUAUUUAAAAGUUUUUAUAUUCGCCAGCUUUAAGCAUUUAUGAGACGAGUUUCCGUCUAUCAUUCAACAGAGUAACUACAUUCUUUUUCGAUGAUAAUAUAUCUUGACAUUAAUGUUUCCUUGAAUAAUUCUCGCUAUACAAAAAUAAAAAUUACAUUUCAGAGGAAAAAAAACAUUUAUUUAUUUCGUACUUAUAAAUAUUUCAUUUUCCAUUAGUACUCCAUUUGGAUCCACCGAAAAAACUUUGAAAAUAUAUAUAGUCCAUUUUGUUCGCACGACUUUCGAUAACGAUAUUUUUUUUGUAGUU